AUCAUAAUUUUAAUUGGCGGAGAACGGAGAAUUCAACCGGGUAUACGUACAUCACUCUACCUAAACCUAAUUGAAAUUUCUGUUUCAAUAUCCGUCGAUCGGCAGUGUCGUGUAGAUACAACAGGUAUUAAUACUCCAGGAACAUUUAAUUGAUCGAAAUGGCUUUCAAAUCCCAACCCAAAGGUUUCGCCACAAAAGCUAUUCACAGUGGACAGGCCCCAGAACAAUGGACCAGCUUGUGUGUUAUUCCACCUAUCGUGACAAGUACAACAUACAAGCAAGAUGGUCCAGCUGAGCAUAGGGGUUUCGAAUAUUCUCGUAGUGGAAAUCCAACUAGAAAUGUUCUUGAAACAUGUCUUGCAUCUUUGGACAAUGCCAAGCACGGAAUUACAUUUUCUUCUGGACUAGGGGCAAAUACAGCCAUUUUGACAAUGUUAUCCAAUGGUGAUCAUAUUGUCGUUAGUGACGAUGUCUACGGGGGCACCAACCGUCUAUUCCGACAAGUUGCAGCUAGAUUAGGAUUGGAACCUACCUUUGUUGAUCCAACUGACUUGAACGCACUCUCAAGUGCUAUCAAAAGCAACACCAAACUGCUGUGGAUUGAAACACCAACGAAUCCCCUCAUCAAAGUAGUUGACAUUGCAGCUGUUUCAAAGUUGGCUCAUGAGAAAAAGAAGGACAUUAUGGUCGCUGUCGACAACACAUUUUUGACCUCGUAUUUUCAGAGGCCUCUCGAACUAGGAGCUGACAUGGUUGUAUACUCUCUGACUAAGUAUAUGAAUGGUCACGGUGAUGUUGUUAUGGGUGCGGUAACAUUAAAUGAUGAUGAUUUGCACAAUCGCCUGCGUUUCUUGCAAAAUGCUACUGGAAUAGUCCCUGCACCAUUCGACUGUUACCAAGUAAAUCGUAGUUUAAAAACACUGGCUCUCCGGAUGGAGCAACAUCAAAAAAAUGCACUGGCAGUUGCAAAAUUCCUUGAAUCACAUCCACUUGUGGAAAAGGUUUUGCAUCCUGCACUUCCCUCUCAUCCACAACACGAACUUGCUUUAAAACAAACCUAUGGAUAUAGUGGAGUGUUUUCGUUUUAUAUUAAAGGGAAAUUGGAAGAAUCAAGGAAGUUUUUAAAAAGUUUGAAAAUGUUUACUUUGGCCGAAAGUCUUGGCGGUUACGAGAGCUUAGCAGAAUUGCCAUCUGUGAUGACACAUGCUUCUGUUCCACUUGAGCAAAGGAUAAUGUUGGGAAUAACCGACUCGUUGGUCAGAAUAUCGGUUGGCUUAGAGGACUCAGAUGAUUUAAUUGAGGACUUGCGUCAAGCCUUAGAAGCUACUUCAGCUAAAUAAGUAGCCAUUUCUUAAAGUUCCAUAAUUGGCCAAAUAUAAGUUCUAAUUUCAACUAAAUUUAUUUGCAUUAAUCUUUACCCUAUUGAACUGUUAAGUAAAAAGAUAAAGGUAUUGUUUUUUUUUUGUUUAAGUGCAUACCUUGUACAUGCUUUUACCCAAGAAAUCUUUAUGAAUUAUAAUAAUAACAGAAAUAAAUUUAAUUUUUUUAUAAC